AUGUGUGAGGAGCCUGGGCCCCUUGCUGCAGCGCUGCCUCCCUUGCUUGGGGCCCCCAACCCCAGGGGCCUCCAAGGGGGGCCCCCCAGCACAAUGAAGCAGCAGGGUUUAAUAGACGUAGCAGCAGAGGGCUCUCACGUUCAUCAAGUCUUAUUUGCUUCUUUGCUUCCUGGGGGGGGCCCCUGCUUAGUGCUGCUGCUGCCUCGGCUUAUAAAAGUCUACUGUUUACCAGCCCCACAGGGGGCCCCCCAAGGGGCCCCUCAACGAACCCCACAGGGGGCCCCCCAAGGGGCCCCCCAUGGGGGGGCCCCUGGGGGCCCCCAUGGGGGCCCCCUAGAGAGUAGCAGUACUGUUGAUGAGCCUCUACGCGUUCUAUGCGAGGCUCAGCUAAACUAUCCUGCAGUGUCUGCUGCUGUUCUUCCCUGCAGCAAAGAAGCACAGCUAGGGGCCCCCCAUGGGCCCCUAUACUCUGAAGAAACGCGUGUAAGAGGAGAGAGUGAGGGGGCCCCAGGGGCCCCUGAUUUGCUGCUGCUGCUGCUAGGAGAAUACCGUGCUGUUGUUAUGGGGUAUGACCCCUCAUUGGGGGCCCUGCGAAGCCUCAGCCUUCACUCUUUUUCUGAGCUAGGGCCCAGGGCUUCUGCUGUUAAUACGUUUAUGCAGGGGCCCCCUUACAUUCGAUUGCUUGAUGAGGGGCCCCCCUCCCCAGCAGACGCAGGGCUAGGGGGGGCCCCCGACGGGGCCCCAGCUAUCCCUGCUGGACAGCAGCCGGUAGCUUCUAUUAAAUGUCUCUGUAAGACUGUUGUCUUCGAUUUGCAGUCUUAUGCACAGGGGGGGCCCCUAGGGGGCCCUCUAGGGGGCCCCCUGGGGGCCUCUGGGGGCCCCCCUUUAAGAAGCUUCCUCGCUCUUCUCAGCGUAGAUGUGCUGCAUAUUGUUUGCCUACACCUUGUUGUGAGUGAAGCAGAACUACGCUCCUCAGCUGGUGCAGCUACAGCAGCUUCAGCAGCAGCAGCAGCUGCUGCUGCUGCUGCUGCUGCUGCAGAAGGUGAGGAAACUGCUGCCGGUCUGGCGGGGUGCCCUGCAGCAGCUCCAGGGCCGUUAGGCGCGGCUGAGACUCCCCUACAGGCGACCUUUGCUGCAGCAGCAGCAGCAGCAGCAACAGCAGCAGCAAGCAGCAGCGUGGGGCCCCGUAGUGCUCAUCGAGCAAUGCCCUGGAGCCCUGAGGGGCCCCCUACUUCCUGCGCGGGGGGCCCCCUAGGGCUUGAUAAGGGGCCCCCCGCUGCUGCAGGGUCGGGGCAGCUGAGCAGCGUACCGCCUGUUGCAUUUCUUGCUGCAGCAGUGCAGCGGCAGCAGCAGCAGCAACAGCAACAGCAGCAGCAAGCAGCAGAGGAGCUGCAGCAGAUCGGGGUGGUGGCUGGGGCCCCCUUGUCGGCUGCAGACGGUAUGAUAGAGACAGAGGGGGGGCCCCCUUCUGUGUGGGGGCAGCAUAAUGUGCUGCAUUCAGGUGUGUCUGUCUCCUCUUGCUUCUUUAUGUCUCUUGUAGAAGACGUACCGUUGCCGGGGCGAACAGCAGCAGCAGUUGCUGCUGCUGCUGCUGCUGCACCUGGCGGUGCGUUUGCUGCAGGGGAGUCUGCUGCAGCACAGGCUGCAGCAGCUGCUGCUGCAUGCGCAGCAGGUGCAGCAGGACUGCCUUAUGUGCUGCUCGACAUGACGCCUGUCUCCUCAAUGCUGUAUCCGUCUGCUGCUUUGCUGCUGGCGGAGGGGCCCCGCGAGUUAGGUUUAGUCUCCGUUGAGGGGGCCCCUGGGAUUGGAGCUGUCUGCACGCUGCUGCUGGCUGUACACCCGGAAGAAAGAGACAUUCAGAUCGUUGCAAAGAUACCUCAUUUGCUCGUGGAUACAUUCAGUUUGCUGCCAGUCCCCUGCGUACCCUAUGGUUUAAUUUGUCUGUCUCCUGCGACUGUCUCCGUUUUUAAUCUGUCUGGAGGGCGCUGCGGAGGGGGCAUACAGCGCAUAGCAGACGCGCAGCAGCAGCAAGACAGCAGCAGCAGCAGGAGCAGCAGGAGCAGCAGUACGGUGGCAGGGAUAAUGCAUAUUCUUCACCCAGCAGGUUUAGUAAGAAGAGACCUGCAGCAGCUGCCUGCUGUUGUCUAUGACCAAAGCCGCCUCAGGCUGCAGCUUGAAUCUGGUGCUGCUGCAUUCAUCAGCAGCAACUGUCUCUUCGUCUCUUCUUCUGACGGCAGGCCCGCUCUUGCACACCUGGUUGUCUCCGCCAGUUUAGGGGUGACGGAUCUCAUAUGGACGGCUGUAGAUGUCAUAGACCCUCUGAGGGGCCCCUCUGCUGCUGCUGCGCUGCUGGGGGCAGCUGCAGCAGGGGAGUAUUCAAGUCAGCUGCUGCUGCCUCGUUCGGACUCUAUAGCAGUCUGGCCUAUCUGUGAAGAAACCAACGAGGCCUCGUGUGGGGAAGAAGCCAGCUGCGGGGCCUCCGGUCUCAGCAGCAGCAGCAGCAGCAGCAGCAGCAGCAGGAGGUGUUUGGUAGCGUUUGGGGGCCGAGCAAGAGAAGGGACAGGAGUUUGUGUUGUUGCUGCUGAGCCGCUGCUGCUGCUGCCUCCUCGGAAGCCAUGGGGGGGCCCCCCAGGGGCCUCUAGGGAUCUGCAUUGGUCAGGGUCUCCUUUGCUGCAGACAAAGGAGACAGCAACAGGGACAGCAUCUUUGGAGGUGUGCUGCAGCCAGGUGCCUGAGCUGCAGCGGGGCCGAGGCGCCCAGCAGCAGCAGCAGCAGCAGCAGCAGCAAGAGCUCUUCACCACCGACGGCAAGCCUCUUGUUGAAAUAUUUGCUGAUGGCUCUGUAGACGUAGCCUAUCAGAGGGCCCCCAUACUUCGUUAUGAAGAGCUGCAAGAAGAGGAGGGGCCCCUGACAGAGUCGUCGCCUCUGGGGUAUCUGCGCUGGCUUAAGAACAAGAGCAAAGAAGCAACAGCAGCAGCUGCAGCAGCAGCAGGUGCUGCCGCUGCUGCAGCCGCUUCCUUUGGAGGAAACCCAGGCAUUCAACAGUCAUUUGCUGCUGCUGCUGCUGCUCUCAACAGCAGCAGCAGCAGCAGCACCAGUACCGCGGAUAUUGAAUAUCCUAUGGGUGACUCUUUGGGUCUCGUAGAGGCCCCAGGGGCCCCCAGUGUGGGCCCCCUUCUGCUGCGAUCCUUCCGCUUUGUUGUAGCAGACAGACUGAAGCUGCAGGGUCUCCCUCCUGCUCGCUGUGUCUCCUACUUGCCUCUACCUCCUCUCGAGCCUGCUGCUGCUGCUGCUGCUGCUGCAGCGGCAGCUACAGGGUCAGGAGGUCCCCCUACGCCUGCGCAGCAGCAGCAACAGCAGCAACAGCAGCAGCAAGAACAGCGGCAGCAGGAGCAGCAGCACGCCUUAGAGGCUUUCUGCUGCUCUUCAGGCAAUAGUCGCUUCCUUAUCGCAGGAGGCAUCUGGCCCUAUGGGGCCCUUGGGGCCCUUCAACGAGCUGUCCCUUCGCGACCUCUAGCAGCUGUCUCCGUAUUAGAAGGGACUCCAAGAAUCGUCUGGGUCCUGCAGCAGCAACAGCAGCAGCAGCACCAGCAGCACCAGCAGCAGCAGCAGCAAAAGGGGGAUCAGCAGCUGCUUCUGGUGAGCAGCGACCCCCGUAUGGGUCUGGGGGAGACACGUUUAGUGUCUCUUCGCAGCGGGGCCCUUGUAGACAUCACCUCAGCAGCAGCAGCAGCAGCAGCAGCAGGAGAAGCAGGGUUCGCAGCAGCGGAAAAGAGCUCAGGGGAGACCCCAGGUGCUGCUCUGUCUCUCGACAGCCCCACGCUGUUUGCUGCUUCUCUUUUAGACGGCCUCUUGCUGCUGCAGCUGACAGCAGAAGAGCUGCGGGUAACGGGGCCUCUUGGCUGCUCUCUCUUGUGCCCCCCAAUCGAUAUGACGGAGCCGCCGAUGCAGCAGCAGCAGCAGCAGCAUCAACAACUGCAGCAGCAGCAAAAGCAACUGCAGCAACAACAGGGCGAGCUGCAGCAGGAACAAGAGGCAGAGAUGCUGGAGGAGGAGCAGCAGCUGCAAGAGCUUGAGCAGGCGCAGCACGACCAACUGCAGCAGCUGCAGCAGCAGCAGGAGUUUGAGAGCAGCAGCAGCAAUAGCGAGACAGCAGCAGGCGCAGAGGGGACGCUGAUGGAGGCCGAGCCCCACGGCGCUGUCUCCUCUCUGCCUAUGGAAGUAGAUGAGGAGACAGGGGGGGAGACAGUGUCUCUCUCCCCUGCAGCAGCAGCAGCAGCAGCAGCAGCAGCAGCAGAGACAGCAGCAGAGACAGCAGCAGGCAUGUCUCCUUUCAUGGGGGGUAGCUGGGGAGCAGCAGAAGGGGGUGCCGAAGGCAGUUUUGCUGCUGCAGUUAGGGGCAGCGCAGCAGCAGAAUGGGUCUGUGCUGUCCUUGAUGAUUUUCGCUUGCGUCUUUGGCGUAUCGACCUUGCUGCUGCUGCAGCAGCAGCAACAGGAGCAGCACCAGCAGCAGCAGCUGGUGCUGCUGCUUUUGCUGGAGCUGGCCCGGGCACACCCCCGUAUCGUCCGGCGCAGCAGCAGCAGCAGCAGCAGCAACUGCUGCACGAAGUGCCUCCGCAUGCCAUGCCUUGCUGCAUGCGGGGUCGGGUGAAAAGUGCUCAACUGUACGUACACCCGAGCAGCAGCAGCAGCAGCAGCAGCAACAGCAGCAGGUCGAGUGCUUAUGAGGCUGCCUCGGAGGUGUUGUGCUGUUUAGUUACUAUUGAGGGGCCUUCGCAUGCACAGACGCUUCACGUGGUGUCUCUGCAGCGCAUGCAGUGUCUCUUCAGCUCCAUUGAUCUCCGUCUUGUGUCUCCUCUGCUCCGUAACUGCGGCUCUUGCGCUCAGCUUGAUCUGCAGCAGCUGGUGCUGCAGCAGCAGCAAAUGCAGCACCCCGCGCCCACACUGGCGCCUUCUGCAGCAGCAGCAGCAAGCAGCAGCAGCAGCAGCAGCAGCGCGAAUGAUGGGAACCUCUUGCGCUCUCCUAGAGACGGGGAGGAGGCGGAGAUUACCCCCCCGCAAGAACAGAGUGCAGCGAAAGCAGCAGCAGCAGCAGCAGCAGCUGCUGCUGCUGCUGCAGCUCUUGCUGAGGAGGGGUUGAUUGAUGCCCGAAGGUCGCUGACGUGUGUCUCCGCAGACCCGCUGCCGCUCGCGCGUGCAGCACAAGAAGCUGCUGCUGUCUCUGGUGGGGCUGCUGUCGGGGCAGCUGCUGCUGCCUCUGCUGCUGCAGCAGCAGCAGCAGACUCGACAGAGCUGCAAGAAGAAGUGCUCAAUGCUGAACUGCUGCAGCUGGAGCCUGCGAUUAGCGCUGGCCCCACACUGGCGGUCUUCCUUACCGGAAGGCCCCCCCUCCUGUACCGCGGGUUUGCUGCUGUUGCUGCUGCUGCUGCUUCCUCUGCUGCUGCUGGUUCUGCUGCAUCAGGGGCUGCAGCAGCAGCCUUGAGGUCGCCGUCUGUUGUGCUUGAACAAGCCGGUGAAGGAGACAUCACCCAGGAGGAGACACCUCCUCAGCUGCGCAGCUGCACUGUCUCCUUUCCUUCAGCCUUCAGUCUCGUUCCCCACAGCUGCACAGAGUGCAUCCCUUCGCUGCAGACGCCUUCAGGAGCAGCAGCAGCAGCAGCAAGCGGGGAAGCAGUUGCUGCUGCUCCCGAGCCCUCUGUGCAGUUUGCUGUCUCCUCAGGAUACACCACACAGCCGCAGCAAGUGCAGCAAUGGGGGGGAGGCGUGUCCCUCAUAGUGCCGCCGCUGCCUCUUCCAGAGUCUUCAAAUGCAAUGCAGCAGCAGCAGCAGCAGCAGCAGUUGCUGCUGCAGCAGCAGCUUCCUGUGCUGUGGGUCUGCAGCAGCCGCAACGAGCUGUACGUACACCCCAGCGAGCGAAGAGACAUAUUAAGUGCUGCUUCUUUUCCUUGGCCGUCAGGGCCCCCUGGAUGUUUUGCUGUUUUACAUGAAAGAGACAGCUCGUUGUGUCUCUGUGAUAUUGCGGGUCCCUUUGAUCUUACGUACUGCUCGCCCCAGCCAUCAGCAGCAGCAGCAGCAGCAGCAGCAGCAGAAGCAGCAGCAGCGGGGACAUCGAAGACGUUCGGGCCCUUCCGGCUUGAUGGGCCCCUUCCUUUCUCUUCGUUUUUGCUGGGGUCCUCUACUACUCACGUAGCUGUCUCCUCAGGUUGUGAAUAUACGCUGCCGCAGCAGUACGCGGUCGAUGCAGCAGCAGCAGCACCAACAGCAGCAGCAGCAGCAGCAGCAGCAGCAGCUACAGGGCGCCUGGUUGCUGUCUGUGUUCACCACCCCACAGAAGAAGUCGAGCAGAUAAGAGAAGUUCUCGCAGCACGCAACGCGCUGCAGAGGGCCCACCUUGCGCUGCAGGGUCGCCUAGGAGAUGCAGCAGGAGCAGCAGCAGCAGCAGCAGGGGGUGAGGGGGCAUACGAGGAAGGCACUCUUGCUCUUGGCGGGAGAAGUGCUGCUGGAGGAGACAGUAUUCAUGAUAAGCUGCUUCCUAAUCCUUACCUCGUUGCAUGCACCGAUAGACGCGUAGAAGUAGAGGGAGAGCUGGGGAGACAGUAUGAAGUGCUGCUCUAUCAUCAAGACAACAUGCACACUCCUUUAGGCGCCUUUCUCCUGGGCCCGUGUGAAGAGGUGAUGUCUCUUCAGUUUGUUUUGCUAGACGGAGUAGAGGUGCUCUCUGUUGGAGUAGCGCAGCCCCUCAGUGAAGCUGUAGAGACAGGCGGACGUCUGCUGCUGCUGCGUCUCCCCCACCUGCCUCCCCGCCCUGCAGCAGCGGCAGCAGCAGCAAAUCAGGAGCAGGAGGAGCUCGACGGGGACCUGCUGGCUCGAGGGGCAUUUGCUGAUGUGGGGCUGUCGGUGACUUCUGUCUCCUCUCUUAAACACUUCAUCAUAGCGGGAGACCUUUACAAGGGUGUCUCCCUCCUUGUGUGGCGAUAUGACUCUUCUUCUGACUCGAGGCGGUUGGAGAUUGUGAGCCGCACAGUCCCACAUUGGGUGCUGCCUGUGUCUGCAUGCGAAGCAAUAACAGAAGGAGACACUUUAGGAAUUGUCGCUGCGGAUUUGUGGGGAAAUCUCCGCCUCUUUUCUGUCAACGAACCCAAAGAAGUGUCCCCUCCUAUUCUCGAUCAGCUUCAGGUGCUGCGGUGUGACUCGGAGUCGAUGGAGGCGAACGCAGCGAUAAUUGCCUUUAAGCAGCUGCAGACAGAAAAGGGAGACGUCGCCUGCGCAGCGUGGACAGCGGAGGGAGGACUUCUUUCUAUUCGUUUGCUGGAUAAGAAGUCAUCUGAGUUGCUGCUAGAGCUUCAGGGCUGGGUGGAGACCUCUCUGCCUUCAGAAUGCGGUGUCACUGCAACAGCAGCAAGAGUCCCUGCUGGGGCCCCUUCGCUGCAUCUGCAGCUGUGGGUAGCAGAGCAGCAGCAGCUGCUGCAGCAGCACUUACAGCAGCAGCAGCAGCAGAACCUCCAGCAGUUGCUGCUGCAGCAGUGUCGCACGCAGGACGAUGUCUCUCCCUCUGGAGCGUCGGCUAGAGCAGCAGCAGCAACCACAGCAGCAGCUGAAGCAACCGCUGCAGCAGCUGCUGCUAGAGAGGCAGCAGCAGAUGCAAGUUUGCUGCUGCAGCAGCAGGAGUGGAAGGCUCUUGCUGCGCUGCGUUCUCGCUUGCUGCUGUGGGCUCCGCUGCUGCGGUGUCUCUGCUUCUUAUCAGUGCCUGUGCAGCAGAAGCUGCUGUCGGGGGCCCCCCCUUCUCUUUUGUCUCUGCUGCAGCGCGAGUUCCAGGGGUCUGAGGGUGUCUCCUUUUGUUGGGCGACGCUGCGAGAGAAGUUAGCCAAAGACUUCUUAACAGGCCUCAACCUCCCAGCUGUGCCUCGGCUUUAA